UAGAGCUUCCAUGGCGCCUAAAUUUCUCCUUAUCCUGCUAAAUAUGUUUCUCUCUUCAGGAAUAAUAUUUUAUCCAGCAAAAGCACAAACUUGGAUCAAAGCAGGUUACUGGUUUUAUGACAGUGGAUUCCCUGUUUCAGAUAUCAAUUCUGCUCUCUAUACACAUAUUAUAUGUGCUUUUGCUAAUCUCAAUUCCUCUUCUUACGAGCUCUCAGUUCCUGAUGAACAAUCCUUCUCCAAUUUCACAAACAUAGUAAAACUAGAAAACCCAUCAAUCACUACACUUCUCUCUAUUGGAGGCGGAGAAGCAAAUUAUUCUGAUUUCUCUUUGAUGGUAAGAAACUCUUCUAACAGGGAAUCUUUUAUUCAGUCCUCCAUAGAACUAUCCAGGCUUUAUGGGUUUGAUGGUCUUGACUUCUCCUGGGUUUCAGCCAACACAAGCUCAAACAUGGUCAACACGGGUACUCUAUUUCAAGAGUGGAGAGCUGCUAUUGUUUCCGAGACAAUAAACUCCAGCCAAUCUGAAUUGAUUUUAACAGCUGCUGUUCAAUACACACCAAAUUCGGAUGAUGCGAGUUUUCCGAUAGAGUCAGCAAGACAGAACUUGAAUUGGGUUCAUGUUUUGGCUUAUGACUACUAUAUGCCUACUUGGGCUAACGUUACUGGUGCUUUUGCUGCUUUAUAUGAUCCUGCAAGUGAAAUUAGUACUGAUUAUGGUAUAGGGACGUGGAUUAAUGGAGGAAUUCCAGCUAAUAAAUUGGUUUUGGCUUUGCCAUUUUACGGCUACGCUUGGACGCUUGAAAACCCAAGUGACAAUGGUGUUGGUGCACCUGCAACAGGGCCUGCAAUCACUGAUGAUGGGUCAAUGGGCUAUAAGGAUGUCAAGAAUUACAUUAAAAGAUAUGGAGCUAAGAUAGUGUACAAUGCUACAUAUGUAGUGAAUUACUGCACAGUUGGGUCAACUUGGAUUGCUUUUGAUGAUACUGAAGUUGUUAGAAUUAAGGUUUCUUAUGCAAAGGAGAAAGACCUUCUUGGUUAUGUUGUGUGGCAAAUCCCAUAUGAUGACAAUUGGGUGCUUUCUCAAGCAGCAGCUCAAGUUGGUGACAAAAAACAUAACGACCGACAAUUGCUGGUGAUCAUCUUAACUACAGCUGCUACAUUGGUUCUUCUUUUAGGCUGUGUGGCAUAUUAUGCAAGGACAAGAAUUAUCAACCGGAAAGGAAAGUCAAAAGCAACUGCUGGUGAUUUUGGUGGCAAAGUUCCUGAUCUGAUGAUUUAUGGUUGUGAUGACAUCAAGGCGGCUACCGAUGAUUUUUCAAUUGAAAAUAAGCUUGGUGAGGGUGGAUAUGGACCUGUAUACAAGGGUAUAUUACCAGAUGGACAGGAAAUUGCUGUGAAGCAACUUUCUAAGACAUCUACGCAAGGAUUUGAGGAGUUCAAAAAUGAGGUUACACUUACUGCAAGACUACAACAUGUGAAUCUCGUCAAAGUUUUGGGAUUUUGCAUUGACAGAGAUGAACAAAUGCUGAUCUAUGAAUACAUGCCCAACAAAAGCUUGGACUGCUACCUUUUCGAUCCCAUUAGACUAUAUUUGUUGGAUUGGGAAAAACGGGUUCAAAUCAUUGAAGGUGUUACUCAAGCUUUUCUGUAUCUCCAAGAGUACUCAAGAUUUACUAUCAUCCAUCGAGACUUGAAGCCUAGCAAUAUUUUACUUGACAAUGAAAUGAAGCCCAAGAUUUCUGAUUUCGGAAUGGCUAGAAUUUUUGCAAGAGAUGGACUUGAAGCAAACACCAACAGGAUUGUGGGAACAUUUGGCUACGCUCCUCCUGAAUAUAUUAGGCAGGGAUUAUACUCAACGAAAUCUGACGUUUACAGUUUCGGAAUUCUACUUCUACAAUUAAUAACUGGCCAGAGAAAUGCAUGUUCUUAUGGUGUGAAUGAAAAUUUGAGCCUUACUGAAUAUGCAUAUGAACUUUGGUCAAACGGCGAAGGCAUGGAGUUUAUGGAUUCGACGUUAGACGAUUCAAGUUCGUCAUGUAAAUUGAUUCGGUGCAUGCAAGUCGCUCUUCUAUGCAUACAGGAUGACCCAAAAAAAAGGCCGUCGAUGUUAGAAGUUUCAUCAAUGCUCCAAAAUGGAACAACACCAUUAGCGAGACCCGAAAAGCCUGCUUUCUCUAUAAAAAGAGCUAAUGAAGAUCAGAAAAAAGAACCUGCACUGCACUUUGAAAUUUAUUCUGUUAACGAUGCAACUAUUUCAACAGUCGGAGGCCGAAAAGUAACCAAGAGUGGCAACAAUGGCUGCACCAACGAUCGCCAUCCUAACCGGAAAAUAUGGCAAAUUGGAAGGACUUAUGAGAGAAAGACGAUGUUGGGCUAUAAGAUGAGCAAAAGUUGGGCCAAAUGGUUGAAGGGUGGGCAAGAAUUAGACCACGAGCAGUUGCACGGCACUGCCGAGAGUCAAUUUCAUACUCAAAAAAUCUACGAUGAAGUUGACUUAGAAGAGUCGUGCGCAGGUGCAGGAAAACAUAUGCAUUCAUCUGUUUAUGCCACAGAACCUCGUGAUGAAAGUUUCCGCAUACAUGAGCUUUGUUCGUUCAUUGUGCAUCAAGUGUUUGUUACAAUGUCUCCAUGCCCUGCUUCACUUUGCUCCCUUCCUUCAAUGGGUUCCACAGCUCUUAUCGCCAUCCUCACCACCCUCCUCUGUAUCUCUUUUAGAGUCAACUGUUCAAAUUCAGAUACUUGGAUUAAAGGUGGUUAUUGGUAUUCUGGUUCUGAACUUCCUGUAUCUGAAAUCGAUUCUACUCUGUUCUCUCACCUUACAUGUUCUUUUGCUUAUGUAAACUCUUCCUCAUAUCAGAUUUUAAUCAAUUCCUCUAAUCAACAAUCCUUUUCUACCUUCACCGACACGGUGAAGCUCAAAAACCCAUCAAUCGUUACACUCCUCUCGAUCUGGGUUGGCAAAGAACAAUCUCCAAUUUUGUCUUCCAUGAUCAGCCAGUCUUCUUACAGGAAAUCCUUUAUUAACUCUUCUAUCACAAUUUCUAGGUUGUAUGCAUUUCAAGGACUUGAACUUCGUGGGGUUAAGCCAAAUAACAGUACCAACAUGACUAAUUUAGGAACCCUUUUGAGUGAAUGGAGAGAUGCUAUUUCUUCUGAGGCAAGAAGCUCUGGAAAGUCACCAUUGAUUCUGACGAUGAAUGGAUAUAACUUGCCGGAGAAUGAAUCGGUCAGUUAUCCAAUCGAAUCAAUGAGAAAAAACUUGGAUUGGAUACAUGUUAUGGCAUAUAACUACUAUAUCCCAACCACAAAUAAUUAUACAGGUUAUCAUGCAGCUUUAUAUGGACCAUCCAGCAGGGCUAGUGCAAAUGAUAGUAUGAUGGAGUGGAUAAGUAGAGGAAUUUCAGCUAACAAGCUGGUUUUGGGUUUGCCUUUCCACGGCUAUGCGUGGUCACUAGUGAAUCCUCAAGAUAAUGAUGUUGAUGCACCAGCAUCCGGUCCGGCUAUAACUUUGGAUGGCUCAAUGGGCUACAAGUUAAUCAAAUCGCAAAUCCGAACCUACGGUUAUGGUGCUGUUUCUGUGUACAAUAGUACAUAUGUAGUGAAUCUUGUCAAAUUCAGUAGCAUUUGGAUCAACUUUGAUGAUGUUGAGGCUAUUAGAGCAAAGAUUGGUUAUGCAAAGCAGAGGAGGCUUCUUGGCUACAAUGCCUUUCACCUCUCCAACGAUGACAAUUGGGUGCUUUCUCGAGCAGCAGGUGACAUAGGAGAUCCUGAUCAUAAAGGAAGAGGAAGAUUGCCGAUCAUCGUGGCAGCUACUUUAGUCGCGGCAAUUCUCUUACUGGGCAUGAUCUGCUGUUACUUGCAAAGACGAGUGCUGAAAUCAAAAGUAUCCAAAUUACAAGGCAAAGUCCCAGCUGCUGAAUAUCACGACAAGAAUGCUCCCAGUCUGCAAGCAUUCAGCUUUGCCAUCAUUAAAGCAGCUACAAAUAAUUUUUCAAACGAAAAUAAGCUUGGAGGAGGAGGAUAUGGACCUGUAUACAAGGGGAGAUUACCAAGGGGACAAGAAAUCGCGGUAAAGAGGCUCUCAAAAGCUUCAACUCAAGGAUUGGAGGAGUUCAAGAACGAGGUUACACUUACUGCGAGACUUGAACAUGUGAAUCUUGUUAGAGUUAUUGGAUUCUGUACAGAGAAGGAUGAAAAAAUGCUGGUUUACAAGUACAUGCCCAACAAAAGCUUGGAUUUCUAUCUCUUUGAUCCAAUCAAACGGUAUGAGCUAGAUUGGAGAAAGCGAGUGCACAUCAUUCAAGGGGUUACUCAAGGCCUCUUAUAUCUCCAAGAGUACUCAAACUUUACAAUAAUUCAUCGAGAUAUAAAGGCUAGCAAUAUUUUACUGGAUAAUGAUAUGAACCCCAAGAUAUCAGAUUUUGGCAUGGCUAGACUUUUCAGAAAAGAUGAACGUGAAGCAAACACUGGACGAAUUGUUGGAACGUAUGGCUUCGUACCUCCUGAAUAUGUAAGAAAAGGUAUAUACUCUAUGAAGUACGAUGUCUAUAGCUUUGGAGUUCUGCUUCUGCAAAUCAUAAGCGGCAAGAGGAAUGCAUGCAUUUACGGCCCAUCUGAGAAUCUUCAUCUUCUUGAAUACGCAUAUGAGUUAUGGAAAGACGGUAUAGGAAUGGAGUUCAUCGAUCCAGCACUGGACGAUUCAAAUUCAACUUGUAAGCUCAUACGAUGCAUGCAAGUAGCUCUGCUGUGUGUACAGGAAAAUCCAGUGGACAGACCAUCCACGUUGGAAGUCUUUUCAAUGCUCAAGAAUGAAAACCCAGCCGCUGCGACUCCUAAACGUCCUGCCUUCUCAAAGAAUAAUGAUGAAGAUGAGGAAGGCAAACCAAUAUUGAUGGAAGGAAUUUGUUCAAUCAAUGAGAUGACAAUUUCUCAAGAUGUUCCAAGAUGAGGAAACGUGUAUCUUUUUUUUUUUUAUGUAACAUUUGCUUCUUUUGUUUAGUAUAUGGGAUUACUUGUGUAAUUUUAACGUGUAGUUACCAUAAAAAUGUGUAAUCUCAAAGUAUAUCUCCUUCAUUUGGAUAUGGUUUUGCUUGGCACGGCCAUUUAUUUGUGGAAUCGAUUGUUCCUGACAUAUUUGGGCAUUCGUUUUGGUCUCUUUUGUGUGAUUUCAGGAUGUUUGGAAUGAUG